UCCUUUGCAGAAGCAGUAAAAAAAUCUAAUUCAUCCAUCAAUUCAAACGUAAACAAAACAAUCUCAAUUGUCAACGAUCAAAAACCACCAACAAAAACAUCAUCGAACCACAGAAACAGUAGUGAUAUAUCUGAACUACCACAUUCCGAAACUAUGACGUUGAACAACAAAGCCAAAUAUAACCUAGAAAAAACCAAAAACACGUCGAAAAUACAACAAGAAAAUAAUACUGCCCCUGAAGGUGCAUCAGGAUUUAUAACUGUCAGAUCGAAAAGAAAUAGAAAGGGUGAUGUAGGAACAGGGAUUUGCGAGAAUUCAAGUUUCAAGUCAUCUAAAGCUAUCAAAGAUGAGAAGGAUAGAAAGUUAUGGCUAUUUGUAUCUCGAGUACAUGAGAAUGUUGAAGAUGAAGAAAUAAAAGCAUAUAUUUUGAGUAAGGGAAAAUUGGAAGAAAACCAAGUUUAUGCAAGAAAAUUGAAUACCAGAAACCAAGAGGACCUAAACUAUAAAUGUGUUCUAGUUGGUGUUCCUAUAACCAUGAAGGAGGAAAUAUACAAGAGUGAAUUUUGGCCAUCAGGAAUUAGAUAUUCAAGAUUUGAUUUCACCAAAGGACAACAUUUUUUAGAGAAGCAGAAAGUAUCAGUUUAAAUAUUAAAUCUAUUGAAGAAGAGAAGAGGAAAUGCAAGGGAACUAUUGGAAGCAAUUUUGAUAGAACAGCUUGAUAUAAAAAUCGUGUGCUUAACUGAGCACUGGAAAACCGAAGAGCAACUGGAAUAUCAUGGAGUAAGGAAUU